AUGCGUUUCUACUAUAUCGCUCUAGCUGUUGCUUCUGCUUUAUGUACAAGCACUGAUGGUCUUGAGGCUGUCUCCGGUUCGACUGGACACACUUUGCUGAGAAUUGACACUGUUACGGGACAGCAGCAAAACGAUGAAGGCAAGACGCGAUUCCUGGUUGGUGUAAGUACAGAUGCAUCGCCAGUCAAGGUUCCAAGCGAAUACUCGUUUUCUACGCUGCAGGAUAGCAAGAAUCGUAGGCUUAGGGAGGAAUCUUUUUUUGGGUUAUUAAACGAUGACGAUGACGAUGACAAUGACGACAACGAUGAUGUUAACAGUGGCGAUAGCAGUGGCAAUAGCAGGAGAUAG